AUGGGUUCAACAAACCAAUUAACCCCCUUUGGCAAACCAAUGCUCAAGCACUGGCUCUUCGACCCAACCUACAAAAACCUCAAUCAUGGCUCCUUCGGCGCCCACCCAGCUCAAGUAAAAGAAGUCCAACGCGACUUCAUGGACAUGGCCGACAAACAACCAGAUCCAUACAUCCGCCGCUACCACGCAGAGCACCUCGACAACGCCCGUGAAGCAGUGGCAAAGGUCCUGAAUGCCCCGCGAGACGAGUGCGUCUUCGUCAAAAAUGCCACGACGGGCGUUGCAACUGUGCUAUACAAUCUGGCGUUCCAGCCUGAUGAAGCACUUGUCUAUUUCGAGCCUGUUUAUGGCGCCGUUGAGAAGGGCCUUGUCUCUUUGAAGGAGCAUUGCGCUUUUCAACCUAGGAAGGUUUCUUUUCAGUAUCCCAUUACCGAAGAUGAACUUGAGAGGCGGUUCCGUGAGGUUGUGAGGAAGACUCGUGAAGAAGGGCUGAAGGUUCGGGCUGCUAUUUUCGAUUGUAUUGUUAGCAAUCCGGGUGUUCGAUUCCCUUUUGAGCGGUUUACUGCUGUUUGUCGCGAAGAGGGGAUUUUGAGCGUCAUUGAUGCUGCGCAUGGCAUUGGACAUGUUCAUCUCGACUUGGAGAAGUUACAGCCAGACUUCCUUACCUCGAACUGUCAUAAAUGGCUCUACACACCACGCGGCUGCGCAGUCCUCUACGUCCCAAAGCGCAACCAACACACCAUGCGCACAACACUCCCAACAUCAUGGGGUUUCAUCCCAGCCCCAGAUUCACCAGAAACAAUCGCCUCAGUGCUCCAAGACCCAAACAAUCCAGCCGCAAAAUCUGCCUUUGAGCAACUCUUCGAAUUUGUCGCUACGAGCGAUGACUCCGCUUACAUCUGUCUGCCUGCCGCCCUGAAAUUCCGCGCUGAAGUCUGCGGCGGCGAAGACGCUAUCAUCGCUUAUUGCCAAAAGGUCGCUAAUGAAGGCGCUGAUGCUAUUGCUGAUAUUCUUGGGACGGAUGUUCUUCAGGAACCGGGUCUUAAGGCUGGUCAGGAAAGUGCUAUGCGGAAGUGUGCUUUGACGACUGUGCGGUUGCCUAUUGCUGUUUCUGAUGCUGGAGAAGGGUUUGAGGGUGCUCUUGCUGUUUUGUCCGAGGAUGAGGCUAGGAGUGCGUUUUCUUGGAUCCAGGGGAAGUUGAUGGAUGAGUAUUGUACCUUCUUGCCUGUUUUCCGGCAUGGGUCUUGGUUGUGGACGAGAUUGAGUGGGCAGGUUUAUCUUGAGACUGGUGAUUUUGAGGAUGUUGGACGUUCUUUGAAGCAGUUGUGUGAGCGGGUUGCGAAGAAGGAGUUUAAGGCUUGA